ACCUGGACUGAGAACUACUACCCGAUCGUCUUUCCUUUUUGGUCAGAUGUGGUGCGAAUGGACGUAUCUUCCUUUUUGGUCAGAUGGAUUCUGGCAGCUAUGUGGUGCGAAUGGACGAGGCGCGGCGGCGCCUCCGCAGGCAAGCGAAAAACAACCCGAAGCUGCUGAAAUAUUACAACCAGCUUCUGCGGGAAUGCCCGAACAAAGACAUCGCCAGGGGACUCGAUACGGGUACUCUUUUUUGCAUUCCGCUCGUGAUUGACGCAAAAUUUUGCUAUUCCCACUUGAUAAAAUUCCAAGAAUGAACAGGGGACGUAUGCUGUUCAUCUGAAAGACCUGAAGCAAACAUGACCUGCCCUGUCCGCCCGGUAACAGUCUUCUGCUUCGCAAUUCCCAUGCCGGCAGCAGAUAGCACCCGGACCAGCGGUAGGGUGAAGCUGGAGACGGUCGAGUGUGGACAGCCAGGAUGUCGAUGUCCUCAUACCCGCGGCCGGACUUCCUGUGUGAGGUAUAGUAGUGGUAAUUUUGGUGUUUAGUUUUUAUUAGGUAUUCACAUGAAGGGCGUUGUAUCAUUUUGGUCCUUUUUGCCCGUACCGGCAAACCGUCGCACAUUUUACAAAAAAAAGGCCUUGGGAUGGUUUUCGCCUUCCAUCCUGGGGCGAGGUCAAAGAGCCUAUUGUUGGCAUUAUCUACAGCAUGAAAAGCCGCAGCAUGUUGCUGCGCAGCUUGCAGCAGAGGCUCACAAAAUGAGCCGGAGCGUCGUAGUACCUGUUCGUGCAGCCAUAUUGGCCCCGGUAUUUCCCUCGAACUUUGCGCCACUUGCUGGUUUUCUCCUGAAUGCGGAACUGCUUCUGAACUCCCCUAAAUUUGAAACUCAGGUGUGUGUCCACGCUGCCGAACUCGACCGGAGAAGACACUAGCUGGCCGCCAGCCACCUCAACUUUGUCCCGCAGGGCCUGUCGCAUACGAAGCUCCACCAGCUGGUUCUUAUUUGACGCAAAUCGGUCCGCCAUGCCGCCCAGCGUCAUGCUGUUCGAGCUCCACAGCGCGCGAAGUUUUGCGACCGCGGCCUUCGGCCUGAACCACAAGGAGGGCUGUUGCAAAUGGUCCAGGCUCCAGGUAUCGAAUUUGUGUAUUUCAACUAUCAGAAUUUUGCUUUCUUCACGAUGAAUUCCAACCAAAGUCGUUCCAUGGAGGUCUCGCCGGCACUUCUUGAGCUUAUGCUUCAGAAAGCCAAGCCACGACUUCUUAUUCGCCUCAGAGCACUUCACCUGGAUGGGCAAGAAUUUCGACUCUCUUGCCUUCCGCAGGCCCUUUGUAGCUGGUGACCUCGGUUUCGGGCAGAUCGCUAGGUCUGCUGAAAGCUCAUGCAGUCUCUCAACGUUGAAGUCCCGUCCCAAUAUGCCCAAAAGCCGCUGCAUGCCGCGCGCUUCCACCUCUCGGGGUGUCGUUCCCAUGUUUUUCUCUAAAAGUGUCUAAAGAGUGCUGAGAAUCUAGCUUACAGAGGGCAAGUUUUGUAAGUAUAUGAGUGGCCUGGUGUGUAGCCGGAGGCUUUGGUUGGUCACGGAUAAAUCGAUGUCUUUUUCCAGUAGGGGCACUGUAUUUUGAUUGAGAGUUACUAGAGCCAUACAACCAACAGUCACAGGUGCCGCUUGCUGAUCUCGUGGCCAAUGCCUACACUUCCAUCUUCUUGGCCUAGAUUGGACGGAUGGUGGGAUGGCUGCUCCGGCUUGCGGAUGGACGACCAUUUUUUCGAGGUGGUGCAACAAGGCAUGGUCUACGUCACUUCUACCACUUUCUGUUCUCGCGAGUGCUGCAGGAGAGAUCUGCUUCCCAUCCAGAACAACAGACGCUGGCGGUGCCUCAAGGGCCGGUGAUGUUUGUCAGCUCAUGGUCCACGGAAGCGGACAGACCUUGUAGUUUUCAAUUUUCGGAACGACUGAUGCUUAACUAGCUAGUUUAGUGUGUGGAGAUUGGUAGAUCUCGGGGCGUCUUCGUGUGCCGGUUCCAGGUAAGACGUAUGUAGCCAUUUUGGUCGAGAUGUGGUCGCUCGCGGUAAUAGGUUCAGUGCGUACCUUGCUCUGCUUUUGAUAAUUUGAAAAUGAGGCACUUCAUGAUUUGUGAUGCAAUAUCCAAAAGAAAAACACAGCACAGGGCGUCUGCCUCCUUACCAUUUUGCUCCUUAAAGACCAAAUUUUGCUCAUUUUCUUAUUCUUGAAUUUUUCCCCUUAGUAUACCUGGACUGAGAACUACUACCCGAUCGUCUUUCCUUUUUGGUCAGAUGUUGCAUCCUUGCACUUGCGCAUCCUGCUUCAACGAUCAUAGUAAUAAGAUAAUCACAAGAUCUUCGAGCACAUUGCAGAGAGUUGUUUCUCCGUCUUGUUGCAAAGUACAAGGUAAAUAAACCGGCAAGUUCCUAAAUCGUAAAACCGAAAACCUUGCGCUCUUUGCCAUCGUUGGCCUGACUAAGCCCCGCCGCGGGACGAGUGUUGUUGCCUCUGAGAAAGAACCGACAAUGACCGCGCCAUCACUUCUACC